AUGAUAUGGACUAAUGGUACUUGUGUUACAAGAGAGUUUGCACAAACAUCUGCCAUCCUUACAAUAUACAGUAAUUCUUCUAAUGACACUGAAAAAGCCGAUGCUCUUGCAAUAUAUGUAACUUCAAUUAGUAACUCAAACGUAACAUCAAAUUCUAGUAAUAUUUUAACAAUUGCUCAAAUUGAUCAAAUAGUUGGUAAUUUAACUAAUGAUAAUUAUACAGUAAAUACUAAUGAUACAAUUUUUAUCAUGACAAGACCAAAUUUAAAACCUGAUGGAGAAAAUAAAAUAGGUGCUUCAUUUCAAAAAAAUAUUGGUGGUACAACUAUUUAUAUCGAUAAUAAAGAUAAUGUAACCAAUUCAAAUUUAUCAGCUGCUGGUAUUAUUACUCUUGAGUCAUUAAAUGAGGUCAAAUCUUUCAAUAUGAUUAUUAUAUAUGAUUCAACUGCAUUUGAAAAUGCAGAUAAUUCAAGUAAUAAAACACUUUCAUCAUCAAUUAUUUUUGCUACAAUAAAUGGAGCAUAUUUGAAUCGUACAAAUAUAACUAUUACUUUAUAUUUUCAAGUUUUAAAACCACCUAAACCAACUGAGGAUGUAACAUAUUUGUGUACAUUUUAUGAUACAAAUACUUUAAAAUGGAAUGAAUUUGGUUGUACUGUACCUCGAUAUAAUAGAACAUUUGAUCGAUAUGAAUGCCAAUGUAAUCAUUUAACAUCUUUUGCUCUUAUAUGGUUACCGAAAUCUUUAGGAUCAUCACAAGGUAUUCCACGAGCAAUAUAUAAUAAUCAAGAUAAAGCAUCAAUUGCAUUUCAAAUUAUUUCAAUUUUUUGUUUCAUACUAGUUGUUAUGCAUGGUAUUGCUAUUCAAUUUAUUAAACCACAGAAAUUUAUUAAACUAAAAUUAUUACUUCCAUUGAUAUCAUGUAUAGUUACAAUGAUACUUUUUAUUUUUUAUAUAGCACUUGGUUUAACAGUUUAUUCAAGAUUUUCACAAUCGAAUGUUACUAAUGGAAAUUUUCCUAAUCAAGGACGAAGUUUUCAAGAAAAUUCCAAUGAAAUAAGUUUAUUAGAAACUAAAUUAAAUUCACGAGUUGAUUCUUCGUCUGACAAUUCAUCUCCAUCUCAUAUUCCAUGUUUACCAAAUGAACAUGCAUUAAUGUUUAUUGUUUUUUUCUUUAUUAUUUUUAUGUUUGGUGUAAAAACUAGUUUUGGUUAUUAUAAUUAUCGUUAUUAUGUUCAAUUAAAUCCUCCACCAUCAGUUCGAAGUCUUGUUAUUACUAUUGGUAUUUCUUUUCUUAUUGGUAUAAUAUAUAUGGUUAUUGCCGCCGGACUUAAUUAUAAUCCUUCCAAUGAAAUAUCUGAGAUAUAUGUAGGUAAACUUUGUUGGUUUAAUCGUAGAGUUAUUCAUUAUUUUUUAACUAUACCAAUAUGUAUAUUUCUUCUAAUAAGUAUAAUUUUGAUUAUUUGGGUCACUAAACGUAUGAUUGCUCAUAUUAACAGAGCUGAAGAAAGCACUUCUGAACAUACCAGAAAAAAAUAUUGUCUAAUCGUAGUAUUAACAUCUUGUGUUACUCAAGGUCUUGGUUGGCUUUUUGGUCCAUUGAUAUUAAUUGCUGAUCCGAAAGCUGGUGAAGUAUUAGGAUGGUUUUUUGUUAUUUUUAAUGGAUUAGAAGGUGUUUGGAUUAUAAUUUUGUAUAUUAUUGCUCGAAAAGAACACAUGGGUGAAAAAAUGCGUGCCAGAGACUACACUGACAUGCAACUCACAGAUAUGCGAGAAGAAACACCAGAGCCCGAGCGAGAUGAUCAAAAUAUUAACAGAACAGCCGCACUAUUGAAAAGUUGUAAAAGUGAUUCACCACGUAAUUCAUUUGUUGAUUUGUCAGCAAUAAACAUAUAUCAUCGCGCCUAUCCUGAUGAUAAUGACCAAUGA